UUUCCGGUUUCGUCAGUGUGACAGCAUGGCAGACAGUCAAGGAAAAACAAAAAGAGUCCAGCCAAAGUGGAGUCCUCCAGCUGCGACUGGAGUUGCUCAGCUGAAGUUAUAUAACAGUCUAACCAGGCAAAAGGAAUUAUUUGUGCCUCAGAAUGGCAGCCAGGUCACAUGGUACAGCUGUGGUCCCACCGUGUAUGAUGCCUCACAUAUGGGGCACGCAAGGUCCUAUAUUUCAUUUGACAUCAUGAGGAGAGUUAUCAAGGACUAUUUCAAUUAUGAUGUCUUUUACUGCAUGAAUAUCACAGAUAUUGAUGAUAAGAUCAUCAAGAGAGCUCGUCAGAAUCACCUUAUGGAGCAGUACCUGGCUGCACAUCAUCCCUUGGACAAAGUCCUAGUUGACUUGGAGGAAGCUAUGAAGCCUUUCAAGGAGAAGCUGAAUAAAGAAACUGACCCAGACAAAAAAGCCAUGUAUGAGCGUAUGGAUGCCAAAAUCUCUGCAGCACUUACACAUGUAGAUGAGGCAAGGAAGCAGUGUGAUGCUGAAAACACCCUGUCUCAUCUGGAUACAGCCAGAAUGACCUUAUUGGCAGACGCUCAAGACAUCCUCUCUGAUUGGUUGGAUGGUCUGCAUGGGUCAGAAGUCACAGAUAAUGCAAUAUUUGCCACACUACCAAAACAUUUUGAAGCUGAGUACUUUAAUGACAUGGAUGCCUUGAAUGUAGAGCCUCCAGAUGUGCUGACAAGAGUCAGUGAAUAUGUGCCAGAAAUAGCUGACUUUGUGCAGAAAGUUAUAGAUAAUGGAUUUGCUUAUGAGUCCAAUGGAUCUGUAUAUUUUGACACAUCAAAGUUCAGCAAAGCAGAAGGUCACUACUAUGCCAAACUGGUUCCUGAGGCCUAUGGAGAUGCUAAAGCCUUGCAGGAGGGGGAAGGUGACCUGAGUAUUUCCCAGGACAGACUGGACGAGAAGAGGGGCCCCAAUGACUUUGCCUUGUGGAAGGCAUCCAAACCAGGGGAACCUAGCUGGGAUUCACCUUGGGGAAAGGGUCGCCCAGGUUGGCACAUUGAGUGUUCCGCCAUGGCUAGUUGUAUCAUGGGCGAGUCAAUGGACAUUCACACAGGUGGCUUUGAUCUCAAGUUUCCACACCAUGACAAUGAACUGGCACAAUCAGAGGCAUAUUAUGGUAAUGACAACUGGGUCAGAUAUUUCCUUCACUCUGGUCACUUGACCAUAGCAGGAUGUAAGAUGUCGAAGUCUCUGAAGAAUUUCAUCACAAUAAAAGAGGCUCUCCAGAAGAACUCAUCAAGACAGCUGCGACUUGCUUUUCUUCUCCAUUCCUGGAAGGACACGCUGGAUUAUAGUGAUAACACUAUGGAGAUUGCCAUGCAGUAUGAAAAACAUCUGAACGAAUUUUUUCUGACAGUGAAGGAUAUUCUGAGGAACACUCCUUCGUCUGGUCCAGAUUCAUUUGACAAAUGGCAUACAGAAGAGUGCCAACUGAAUACAAAAUUUUUGGAAAAGAGAACAGGUGUUCAUGAAGCUCUCUGUGAUUCCAUAGACACACGCAGUGCUAUGGAGAAUAUACGCGACCUAGUCACAGCCUCUAACUCGUACAUCAGUGUCAGGAGGAGCGCCAAAGUCACACCGAAUAGACUUCUGCUCCUCAACAUAGCCAAGUAUGUCACAAGGAUGAUGAGGGUUUUUGGUGCUAUUGAUGGAGAAGAAACCAUAGGUUUUCCACAAGGUUCUGGACAAACUGCCAAUAUUGAAGACACAGUUAUGCCAUAUUUAGCUUGCUUUGCCAACUUUAGAGAAUUGGUCAGAAAGGUUGCUAGGGAACAAAAAGUAACAGAUAUUUUGAAGUUUUGCGACCAGGUGCGAGAUGAUGAUCUUCCAAAUCUAGGAGUGAGACUUGAAGACCACGAAGGUCAACCUCCUGUAAUCAAGCUAGUUGACAAAGAUACUUUAAUAAAAGAAAGAGAAGAUAAACUGAGGUUGGAAGAGAUGAAAAGACAAGAGAAGGAAGCCAAAAAGGCAGCAAAGAUGGUACAGGAUGCCCAGAAGGAGGCUCAGAAACGCUUACCACCCUCUCAGAUGUUUCUCAAUGAAACGAGCAAAUAUUCCAGGUUUGAUGAUAAGGGUUUACCAACUCAUGAUGCAGAAGGAAAAGAACUCACAAAAUCAGCCUUAAAGAAACUAACAAAAUUAUAUGAGGCUCAGCAAAAGAAAUACAAUGAUUACCUGAAAUCGCAAGGACAGGAUAUGUCAAAAGCAACAGGUGGCGCAGCCAAUAUACCCGAUGAGUAAAUACCAAGAUGGGACCAACUUGUGACUUGAAAUUGAAUAUUCUGUUCUCUAGGAACCUUUGCCCUUUGCAUGUCUUUUACAUGAUAAUUAUGAUGUAGCAAAUAUUUUUAGACUGCAUUGAAGCUGUACUGGUUAUAGCCAAAGAGAAUUGAUCAGUUCCAAACACAUAUUUGUGUUGAUGCCUUAUUGUGGAGACAAAGGAGUUGGACUUCAUCAUUUUUAGCAUUUAAUUACUUUGUAGCUUUACAGAGGAAAGUGUUUAAAAACACAAAUGUCAGCUUUUCAUGAUAUCAUGGAACAUUUAUUGUAACUUUUUUCAUCAUAUCAUGGAACUAUUAUUGUAACUUUUUUCUUUUUCUG